AUGCUAUCCCGGAGCCGCCACAUCAUCAGCUGCACCAAGCACCAGCACGGCGGCGUCCACAACGUCGAGCCGUAUCAGCACGACGAGCGCGAGCACAAAGUCAUCUACAACGACCCUCACAACCUCAGCCGCAAGCACGACCGGCGCGGGUUCCAGCCCCGGGACCCCGACGACCCUCCUGCCCGGCUGCGGGCCCUCGCCGCCACGUUCCAGGCCACCAAGAACACGUACGGCACGUUUGCCUUCUCGGGGGACACCGUCACCUGGGCGGACCCGGACGUGGCGCGGCCCAACACCGCGGCGUUCUAUGUCUGUCCUGGCAAGUCUGCCUCGGGCGAGAACGCGCUCUAUGUCAAUACUGGGGCGUACCUGUACCAGACGCCGAGCGGGUGCUAUGAUGUUGAUAUACAUUACUACGGAGGAUCGACAGCGAAUCUGUGA